CUCGAGAAGUGAGUGGCCCCUUUGUUUGCAGGUAAGCAGCCUGCAGCGAAUGGUCUACAGGCCGGGACCUAUAAUCUCACGGAAUAUGCAAAGCUGCACGAGAGCCCGGAUGACCGGCGGAGGGGUCCGAGCCUGAUCCACUCCUUCCAAAGGGUUUCCUUCACGGGGAAAGAAGAGCUCGGCUCACAAGUGGCCCCUUUUAACUUUUCUGACAACGCGGAUCAUUACCAGCUGGGGAGGAGUGGACGUGAUGGAGGACCGGGCAUGAUUCCGCAAGGAGACACAAAACAACAACAACAACAACAACAACAACAACAACGUGCAGCCCUUCCGUCACUAGGUGAUCAUUUGAGCGCUCAACGCUCGAGGUAUAAAUUCCGGACCCCGCGUGGUUGUUCUUCCCGGAGUGAAUCCACCUGAGUCACCUGCUGGAGCGAGCUGCUCUGCGUCAUCAGUCAUCGGUCCAGUGAAGCCAUGGCAUCGACCAGCGCUCCGAAGGGAUGCGAUCCCAGUAUCAACUCCGUAUAUUACAACCUGUGUGACCUGACUGCAGUUUGGGGGGUCGCGGUGGAGGCCGUCGCUGCGGUCGGCGGGGUGACCUCCUUCGUUCUGUUGGUCGUCCUCAUGGCCAGCCUACCGUUUGUCACCGACCAGAGGAGAAAGGGCAUGGUGGCACUGCAGGCCGGCGUGCUGGUCUUCACACUGGGACUUUUCGGACUCACCUUCGCCUUCAUCGUGGAGCGCCACUCGACCAGCUGCGCUGCUCGCAGGUUCCUCUUUGGGGUGCUGUUCUCGGGCUGCCUGGCCUGCCUGGUGAUGCACGCGCUGUGGCUUGCCCUGCUGGGGCGGAGGGGCCGGGGCCCCAGGAGCUGGAUGCUGUGCCUGGGUGCCCUGGCUCUGUGGCUGGUCGAGGUGAUCAUCAACACCGAGUGGCUCGUCAUCACCGUGGCCAGGGGCUCGGCCACGGCGCUCAACGCCUCCGACCUGUCCUGCAGCAUCGCCAAUCGCGACUUUGUGAUGGCCCUGAUCUACGUCAUGGCUCUGCUGCUGGCGGUGGUGCUGACGGCCGUGCCCUCGCUGGCGCACGAGCACGCCCAGUGGCGGCGGGACGGAGCCUUCAUCCUGGUCUCGGGGCUCUUCAGCGCGGCGAUCUGGGUAGCUUGGGUCGUCAUGUACGUCCACGGGAACCGAGUCCUCGGGAAUCCCAGUUGGGACGAUCCCACUCUGGCCGUAGCCGUGGUGUCCAACGCCUGGGUGUUCCUCGUCCUCUACGCCAUCCCGGGGGUCUGCUUACUGACCGAGGAGGACCCAGAUCAGGAGCUGCCAAUCGAUGGAGAUCCCGUUUAUCCCGCCAGGAGCGUGGCCUAUGACAACAUCCUUCGGGAGCCGGAGCCACCCCAGCCGAACUUGUACAUGGAGAACAAAGCCUUCGCUAUGGACGAGCCUCCAAUGGUACCCAGCAAGCCCGUGUCUCCGUAUGGCGCUUAUAACGGUCAGCCACGGGGUUGCAUGUACCAGCCCACCGAAUUAGCCCUGAUCGCCAGGGGACUGACCAAGAUGGACCAGGGCGCCAUGAGGCCUCGAGCUCCUGGCGCCUUUCUGAGCCAGGGAAGUGGCAGCUCUCUGCCUCGUCCGACGCGGUCCUCUUCGCCCUGAGGCAGCGGGAGUCAGGGGGGAGUAGGG